CGCGCUUUUUUGCUCCUCUAAUCUGCAAACAAUUGCUGAGUUUCGGCUGGAGGCUGAGCUGGACAGAAAUAAGCAGAAACAAGGUUGUUUGAAGCCCUGAACAUCAGUCAUGUCAGAGUUAAGUGGGAAGGUCCAAACCGUCCUGGGUCUGGUGGAUCCGGACCAGCUGGGCCGAACCAUGACCCACGAGCACCUGACCAUGACCUUCGAGUGCUGCUUCUUCCCCCCUCCUCCGGGUGACGAGGCGGUCGCGGAGAACCCGUUCCAGAUGCAGCACAUGCACUGGCUGAGGCAGAACCCUUACAGCUGCCACGAGAACCUGCUGCUGCAGCAGGAGACCGGCGCCGUGCAGGAGGAGCUGCUGGCCUACAGGAAGGCCGGAGGGGGCACGAUAGUGGAGAACACCACCACGGGCAUCGACCGAGACCUGCCCACCCUCAAGCAGCUGGCCAAGAACACUGGGGUCCACGUCAUCGCGGGGGCAGGGUUCUAUGUGGACUGCACCCAUACUGAGGCCACCAAGAGAAUGAGCGUGGAGAAGCUCACAGACAUCAUCGUCAGCGAGGUGCUUCACGGCGCCGACGGCACUGACAUCCGCUGUGGCGUGAUCGGGGAGAUCGGCACCGGCUGGCCCAUCACGGAGAGUGAGACGAAGGUGCUGAGGGCCACGGCUCACGCUCAGACACAGCUCGGCUGCCCCGUCAUCAUCCAUCCCGGCAGGAAUCCAGCAGCUCCAGCUGAAAUCGUCCGGAUUCUCCAGGAGGCCGGUGGUGACAUCAGCAAAACUGUCAUGUCACACCUGGACAGGACCAUAUUCGAUGAUGGAGAACUGCUUGAGUUUGCGAAGUUGGGGAGUUACCUGGAGUACGAUCUGUUUGGAACAGAGAUGCUGAACUACCCGUAUAACCUGGAGGUGGACAUGCCCAGUGACAGCCAGAGAGUGAAGACCUUGGCGGUCCUCGUGAAGGAGGGCUACGAGGACAAGAUAGUGGUUGCGCACGACAUCCACACCAAGAACCGCCUCACCAAGUACGGCGGCCACGGCUACUCUCACAUCCUGAAGAACAUCGUGCCGAAGAUGCUGACGAGGGGCAUCUCGCAGCGGCAGGUGGAUAAAAUCCUCAUCGACAACCCCAAACACUGGCUGACCUUCAAAUAAAGCAGAAAGAGAGACCCCAAGGAAGGCGUUUCGAUGUGGCGAUUAUUUUAUCUUCAGGUGAUGACUGAACACACGACAAUAAAUACUUAAAGAUCUUUGCAAUAAUGACUUGCAACAUGCUUUUGGACCCUCAAACCAAUGAGCUGCUGUGCAUGAAUUUGUCUUAAAUGUCAAUAUUUCAAUUUUUCAGCUUGGCAAAAUGUUUAGUAACUUUGUCUUUCCAAUGGAAAAUAAUUACAGCCUGUUGUUUCAUCCAGCUGAGAGAGUUUUAACAGAGGCCAUCGUUAAUUAAAACUUGAUUUCAUAUUUGUGAUUAUAUUACUCACUUUGUAAACGAAUAAUACGGAGGAGCCUCGCACGAUCACAGUGCCUUUCAUGAGCAGACUUGUUUUGGUUCCAUCAUGUCUCCAAAAAAAUUGCUUUACUUGACUCCAUCAAUGCGAAUGCAAUCUAAAACAAAUAUUUCCUUUUACUCUUACGGUGCUCACAAAUAGGGUGCUAAUUGAUUUUUCAAUGUCAUCGUUGUUGCUCUGUCUUUGUACGUGUCUGUGUUUGGUGUCUGCAAACACGUUUUAUGGGAUGAAAAUAAUGAGCGUGUUAGUAAUCAGUAUGCCGCUCUGCUCUCGACACAACGCGGCUGUGUUAGAUGAGUUGUCCUGUUGCCCCUCAGUGGGUGUCUGGGUGCCUAUGGGAGGCUGAAUGGAUGAAGGACACGUUCUCUCAUCUGGGAACAGGUGGCCUCACAGGGUGACUUCUCCACAUGAUCAAUGGCGAAAAAGUGACUGUGCUCCGUGAAGAAAAAAAAAUCAUAUAUAACUUUGAUUAAUCUCCUGAGAGGAUUAAAAAGUGAGCAAGAAGAUUUAAUUUUUCCAUGAUAUCUUACACAUAAACUGACAUUCUUAACUGGAGGGGCUUCGCAAUCGGCAGAUGCAUCGUGGAAACAUGUCUGUCAGUGUGACUGUCCAGUUUUGUGAUGGUGACUAAGCACCAGACCACCCUGUUGCCCCAACCAGCUGUCGUAUUUAGACAAGAAAAAAUGAGUUACAAUGAUAAUGUUGUUACAGUGCUUCAAUGUGAACAUCAGAAUGGCCGUUGUUAUGCUGCACAUAGUUGAAAUGCCAUUUUAUAUAUAUAUAUAUAUAUAUAUAUAUAUAUA